AAUGAAUCCACACUCGUUUAUUUUAUCAUCUUUUGUGCUUCCCUCGUCGGAAUAUUUAAUGCUGUCAUAAUUGUGGCGACCAUAUAAUAAUGCAAUGAUACAUGAUAUGUGGUCAGCUUAAAUAUGCGCAAGCAAGCACAGCACAGCACUUUCUGGACUGCCCUCUUGACCCGUUUGAUUAUUCCCCUGAUCUUGAUCCAGAUGCGACCACAAAGAUGUGAUCUUUCGUCUCUCUUGGUGGUGGGUUUCUUGCAAGAAUCGGUGUUUCGAUGAGAGAGAGACGGAGAGGGAGGAAGAUCGGAAAUGGGGAGGCACGGAUUCGUCAGCGCGAGAGAUAGAGACGGGCUCGCAUUGGUUUCGGAGAGGCUGAUAGAGGCGGCGCUGAAUGGCGAUGGUGGGGCGGUGAGCGAGUGCUUGGAAAGCGAGGCCGUGGAUGUGAAUUACAUAGGGACGGUGAGGCUGCGGGUGAAGUGCACCGAGAGCUUGCUGAGAGAGGAAGAGGCGGAUGAGUUGGAGAUCGAGGUUAGGGACUUUGUGACGGAUGUCACUCCCCUGUUUGCGGCUGCUCACUCUGGUCAACUGGACAUUGCGAGGAAGCUGCUGUCAGCUGGAGCCGAUGUUAAUGUGGAACUUUUUCGAGGCUAUGCAACCACCGCCGCUGCUCGCGAAGGCCAUUGUGCCCUCCUCGACAUGCUCCUCAAGGCAGGGGCAUCCAAAUUGGCAUGUGAACGUGCGUUGAUGGAAGCUUGCCUAUCUGGUCAGGCUGGAGCUGCUGAGCUGCUAAUAUGCUCCGAGAUGAUUGGACCUGAUGUGGCUCAACAUGCGCUUGUAUCUGCAAGCUGCAGAGGCUUUGUUGAUGUUGUUUCUGAGUUAGUCAAGAAUGGGGUUAACAUUGAUUGCACCGAUAGGGUCCUCUUGCGCUCCUUGAAGCCUUCAUUGCAUGCUAACGUAGACUGUUCGCCGUUGGGGGCUGCAAUUGUGAGCCGGCGAGUGGCUGUGGUUCAAUAUCUGUUAGAGGCGGAUGCAAAAACCGGUCGACAUGUUAGGCUCAGUGCUUGGUCUUGGGACAUCUUCUCUGGUGAGGAACUAAGAGUUGGUGCGUGCUUGGGGGAGCCCUACAACGAAGCAUGGUGUGCAGUUGAGUACUAUGAAGCAACUGGCCAAAUCCUACAGCUCCUGCUUCAUCACGACAACUCGUUCCUCACAAGCCAACUACAAGGAAGAACCCUUCUUUCCUAUGCCAUCCUCUGCCAAAACCAAGAGGCGGUUUCCUUGCUUCUUAAGGCUGGAGCCGACGCCGAGUUCCCCAUAAAGACUGAGAAGGGACAUGAAUCUCGUCCGAUUCACUUGGCUGCUAGAGUGGGUUGCCCUUCCAUUUUAAAACAAUUGGUUGAGCACGGGUGCGAUGUUGACUCAAGGACCGAAUCUGGGAACACAGCAUUGAUGAUUGCUGCCCUAUUCGAUCAACCGCAAUGCUUCCUUGAGCUAAUUACUGCCGGUGCUGAUCUGGGCCUAGUUAAUAAUACUGGAGAAAGUGCCGUAUCUUUGGUGAAGAGAAGUGCUUUUGCUUCCUCUUUGUCCAAUAUUUUCGGACAAGCAAUCACUGCUCGAGAAAAAAUCUACUCCAGCAACCUGGAGGUCUUCUCUCCGCUCCAUUUUGCCUCGGGAUAUGGAAAUGUGGAAAUUCUACAGAAAAUCCUUCGAAGUUCGAUGGACAGUAUAGAUAAGCACAACAAUUCAGGUUUGACACCAAUCCUGGCUGCUGCAAAGGUCGGCCACACUGAGAUAUUUUGCCACCUCAUCGAGUCGGGUGCUGACAUCAGUGUCAAGAGCCGGGAUGGACAGACGGUUGCAUCGAUCCUUCAGCAUUACACCUAUGCCAGUUUAAGGGAACGGUUUGAAGAGAUAUUGCUCAAUGCAGUCUUGUCACAAACUUUGAAGGGCUACUCAGAGUUCCGAGUCCUUCACUUUGCCGCACGUACAGGAAACUUGCCCGCGGUAGGCCAGCUCUUGAAGAUGGGUUAUCCUGUGGACUCCUUGGAAGAGAGUGGGCAUUCACCUUUAAUGAUUGCUGCGAAGGAAGGGAAUGCCGAAGCUUGCAAGCUGUUACUACAAAACGGGGCUGACUGGGGAAUACUGAACCAUAGAGGUGAGACGGCCCUCCUACUUGCUAGGAAAAACAGUAAAAGCAAGGCGGCCGAGGAAGCGAUUUUCGACCAUUUGGCUCGAUCUCAUGUGCUUCUGGGCGAGGAGCUACUCAAGCAUACUAGAGAUGGAAGGGGCUCGCCACAUUUAAAGGUUGUUAGGAUGCUGAAAACAGGCCUGUUAACGUGGGGGACUUCUAGUAAGAGAAAUGUGGUGUGUAAGGAGGCCAUGGCAGGGCCUAGUGGGAGCUUCCUGAAGAACCGGAGGAAGAAGAUCGCUGACGAGAACAGUACGCUUUUUAGGGUGGUGACCGAGACUGGCAGAGAGGUUCACUUUGAGGCAAGGUCUUCUACAAAUAUGGCACUGUGGGUAUGGGGGAUCAAUCUGGUCUCAAAGGAGGCGUCUUCCGGUGAUUGGCCAUAGAAUUCAUCUGCCAAGUAUGCAGAUAGAAACCGGUGAUAAUGACAGCAAUGAGGUGGUGUGUUGGUCUUCCAGUGUGCGAAAUUUGUACUAAUUACUGUCCAAUGCCAUGCUGUUUCUGAAGCUGCCAUAGAAAAUCUUCAGUUAGUCGAUCAAAUGGAGUUACAAUUACACGCUUGAUACUACAAAAUCUUUUACCCGCUC